AUGUGCAAGUUUGCUCUGGCGGUGAAGUUCGCGCAGCGGCAGCGCUCGCCGCACUGCCUGUUGGUGAAGGAGCACCAGGUGCGGGAAGGGGCCGACACUGCGCACCCGCCUCGCCGCACGCUCUUCGUCCUCAACGUGCCCCCGUACUGCGGCCCGGACGCUCUGUCUAGGCUGUUCUCUCGCUGCGGGCAUGUGCAGUCUGUGGACAUGUGUGACAAGCCAGGUCCAGGAGAGAAAAAAGAUAAACUGACGUCCAAAUUCUUCGAUCACAAAACUCCGAAGGGAUUUCAAGUAGCAUACGUGGUGUUCAGGAAAGCAGCAGCUGUCCAGGCAGCCAAGGCUCUAUCAAAGGAAGGUCCCUUGCUAAUAUCAACAAAGAGCCACCCUGUGAAAACCGGCAUUAGCAAGUGGAUCGCCAGCUAUGAGGCCUCCAUCGUGAAUCCGAAGGAGCUGAAGGCUGAGGUGGAUGCCUACAUGCAAGACUAUGAUAAAAAGAUGGCAGAGGAAGAAGCCAAAGCAGCCAAGGAGGAGGGUGUUCCAGAUGAGGAGGGCUGGGUGAAGGUGACCCGGAAGGGCCGGAAGCCUGGCCUGCCCCGGACAGAGGCUGCCAACCUGCGCGUGCUGGAGAAGGAGAAACAGAAAAGGGCCCGCAAAGAGCUGCUCAAUUUCUAUGCCUGGCAGCACCGCGAGACCAAGAGAGAGCACAUUGCCCAGUUAAGGAAGAAAUUUGAGGAGGACAAGCAGAGGAUCGCACUGAUGCGAGCCCAGCGCAAGUUUCGGCCAUACUAGGUUGUGCUGAGCUGUUCUUCAGGUGCCUGCGCUGGGUAGGAGAGAUCCCUACUGACUCCACUUGCCAAAGGAUUUUGGGGAAUUGAGGCAGCUUUGGAUUGCCUUUGCCUUUACCUUUGGAUCUGAAAUGGGAGAUCCCAGCAAAUGCUGCUGGAGGAGAGUUCCCUUUAUUUGCACCGGUAUCCUCCUGCUCUUCUGUCAUUCAGCUCCAUGGCACUUCUCAGGGUGCUCAGGUCAAGGGGCUGAGGCACAUCCUGUGACAACCUGUAUCUCCCUGCCACCCAAAAACACACCUCCUAAAGCUUGGUGAGAACUGGGAUUGACCUAAUGCAUCUCUGCAGGGGCAGGGAAUGGCUGAAGAACUGUAAAUAAACUGCUGCUACUGUUUUCAGAA